AUGUCUCUGGAGGCUGUUACUGUCCUGUUCUUCACUCAGCUCCUGCAAGUACCCCAGGUAUCUCACGGUUUUAAUAUCGAUGUGCGACAGCCCCAGAUGUUUCACAAGAAUGGCGCAGAACAGUUUGGAUACAGAGUGCGGCAAUUUGACUCCAGCGAUGGGAAAUGGAUUAUUGUCAGUGCCCCCAAGAAGAAGCAGAGCCCCGAUGACAGAUCUGGAGGAAUCUUCAAGUGUAUGAAUGGAAGAGCAGAGUGUCAGUCCAUAAAAAUUCCAGAGUCUGAACAGAAUCUGCAAAUGGGCCUGGCCUUGUCUAGUAGUAGCUCGUCUCUUUUGACUGCCUGCAGCCCUGUAUUGGCCCACAAGUGUAACACGGUUGUGUACUUCAAUGGGAUCUGUUACACCUAUGACAAGGGGCUCAAUCUCAUAGAGAACUACACGGUUAAACCCCUUUAUCAAGAAUGCACCAAAUGCAACAUUGACCUUGUAUUUCUGUUUGAUGGCUCUGAAAGUCGUAAAGGUCAUGAUUUCACAAACAACAAGAAUUUCAUCAUUGACAUCAUGAAGAACUUGACCAACACUUCCAUACAGUUUGCUGCAGUGCAGUUCUCUUCGGAUGUUCGCACAGAGUUCAAUUUUUCCAGCUAUCAGGCAAUUAGAGAUCCGGAGAAACUCCUGGGUAAUAUACAGCAUAUGAGGAAGUUGACCAACACACAUAAAGCCUUGGAUUACACAAUUGGAAAUCUGCUGUACAACACCCAAUAUGGAGCAAAAGAGAAUGCAACCAAAGUGCUGCUGAUCAUCACAGACGGGGACCACACUGAUUAUGAUGAUGAUUACAAUUACGUGACCAAACGUCUGGAUGAAAAACACAUCAUCAGAUAUGUCAUUGGGAUUGGGAACGGGAAGAUCGAAAAUCUGAAGAGCCUGGCUUCUGAACCCAAAGACAAAAACACCUUCUACAUUAACGACUACCAAGGGCUCAAAGGUAUCCUGGACAACCUGCAGGCUAAAGUCUACAACAUGGAAGGACCGCCUGUUUCUGGGAGCUGUUGGGACGUCGCACUGGGCUGGCUCAGUUAUUGAGAUGAAGCCUGACAUGAAAACUCCAAUCAUGCUUCCCAUGGCAUCUGACAAGAAUGCCUACCUUGGAUACUCCAUAGCCGUAGGCCAUCUUGGGAAGGCGUCCCUGGUCAUAGCUGGAGCUCCAAGAGACAAGCACAAGGGCAGAGUGGACAUCUUUUACAACUCUGGGAAAG